UACGUACAACGGUUGCAACCCUACAACUUAAGGCGUGAAGUUGGCUACGAUUUUCUUUUCCUUUUCUCUGAACGCUGCUAAAAUGAAAGCCAAGGGACAGUUGAAAGAAUACGAAGUGAUUGGCCGCAAGUUGCCAACCGAGAAGGAGCCACAAACUCCUCUAUACAAAAUGCGUAUCUUCGCCCCGGAUAACAUCGUGGCCAAGUCGCGUUUCUGGUAUUUCUUGCGCCAACUGAAGAAGUUCAAGAAAACUACUGGUGAAAUUGUGUCGCUUAAACAAGUAUAUGAAACUUCCCCAACCAAAAUUAAGAAUUUUGGCAUUUGGUUGCGUUACGACUCGCGUUCCGGUACACACAACAUGUACCGCGAGUACCGUGAUCUGACCGUUGGCGGUGCAGUGACACAGUGCUAUCGUGAUAUGGGUGCCCGUCAUCGUGCUCGUGCGCAUUCAAUUCAAAUCAUAAAGGUUGACUCAAUCCGAGCCAGCAAGACUCGUCGUGUGCACGUCAAGCAAUUCCACGACUCGAAGAUCAAGUUCCCAUUGGUGCAAAGAGUACACCACAAGGGCAACAGGAAAUUGUUCUCAUACAGAAAACCAAGAACCUACUUCCUGUAAACUAUGGGUGACUUAUUUUUUAGCUUUUUGAUUUAAAAUAAAAAGAGAGUCGUUAAUAUCUUGACUUGUGUAAAAUAAA